UAUGAGGCAAUAAUGGAAAGCCUAGAAGCAGCCCAGGUAGAGUCUGCCAUCCUACUAUGGAUAAAAAGCCUGCUGAGCUGCAGGAAAAUUAAGGCGGAGUGGAACGAAGCCAGGUUGCUCAGACUAGCGCAUAGAGGAACUCCUCAGGGUGGUGUUCUGUCACCACUCCUGUGGCUACUCGUAGCGAAUGAGCUUCUGGGAAAAUUCGAAGGGAAAGCACCCAGACUAAUUGCCUAUGCGGACGACAUAGCUAUAGUUGUUACGGGGAAAUUCCUAGACACCAUCAGUAACGUAAUGGAAAGCGCUCUAAGGGUCGUACAUCGAUGGGCGACAACAGUCAACUUAGAGGUAAAUGCUGACAAAACGGAUGCGGUACUGUUCACAAGAAGGUACAAAAUCCCCGCGUGGAAACCCCCGAGGCUCAACGGGGCGGAGCUAUCAAUCAAGGAUCACACCAAGUACCUGGGAGUAAUUUUGGACAGCAAACUGAUGUGGAAGCUAAAUGUGGAGGAAAGGGUGAAAAAGGCCAGUGGUGCCCUUUACGCAUGUAAAAAGAUGCUGGGUACCACAUGGGGCCUAUCCCCUGGCCUCAUGCAUUGGUGUUACACAGCGGUAGUUAAGCCCAUAUUGCUCUACGGUGCUCUGGUAUGGUGGACCGCUGCAAACAAAAUUUCGUAUAGAAAACCAUUGGAGCGAUUACAGCGGCUCGCUGCACUGUGCAUAACAGGAGCGCUAAGGACCACUCCAACGGCGGCACUUGAAAGGCUACUUGGCCUACCACCAAUCGACAUCGCGGUGGAGAGCACUGCAGCGAAAUCCGCCACGAGAUUGAUGGCCUUAGGUGAAUUCUCCGCAAGAACCUUCGGGCACAGCUCGAUAUGCAGGGGGAUGGAGGACAAAAUAGACCACAUACCCCCACGCUUCAUCUGGGGAAGAAGGUUUAAAGCUACGGUUAAGGAGGGCGGAUGGCGCAUGAGCACGCGACCCGCCGGCGUAACGUAUAACAUCUACACGGAUGGAUCAAAAAUGGCUGAUGGAGUGGGCGCCGGAGUCUAUUGCGCCGAGCUAGACCUCAGGCAACCCUUCAAGCUUCCAGAGUACUGCAGUAUUUUCCAGGCGGAAGUCUUCGCUGUAGGGAAAGCUGCUGAGAUAGCUAGCAACGCAGGAAAUUAUAUAAAAAAUAUCAAUAUAUAUGUCGAUAGCCAGGCGGCGAUUAAGGCCAUAAUCUCACAUCGUAUUGCGUCAGAAAAUGUCCUUAGAAGCAGGGAAGCAGUAGACAGGGCGGCCGAGAGUAAACGGCUGCAUAUAUACUGGGUUCCAGGCCACAAGGGCAUUUUAGGCAACGAAAUAGCUGAUGAGAUUGCCAAAAGUGCCAUCCGUCUUGCUAGCGAACCAGUACGGGAAAUACAAAAGUCGCUAAAAACGAUCUACAAUGAAAUUUCCGAAAGAGCUGGGUGCCGGAUCAGGGGGAGAUGGAACGCAUUAGCGACAUGCAAAACCACCAAGAUCAUGUGCAAUAGCAGCAAAGGAAACACCCAUUUCUUGCUUACACGGUCACGUAGGGAUUGCAGGACAGUUGUCGGCCUAAUGACGGGCCACAACCUACUGGCAUCCCACGCAAGCAGAAUGGGCAUUAGUAACAGUGACGCAUGCAGGAAGUGCAGGGAGGAAGGCAUGAGUGAGACGUUAGAACACCUCCUCUGUUUCUGUCCGGCCUUAGCUAGAAAUCGUCUUAGUUAUCUCGGAGCUUCGCAGUUUAAAGGACUAGAGGAGGUUUCAAAACUGGAUAUUAAGGCACUCUUGAACUUCGCAAAAAGCGUUGACGUCCUAUACGACGACUACUUUAGACCGCAGUAAAACGGACCUCCAUCUGGCACUACAAAGGACCAACGGGUCUAUGUAAGGCGCAACAGCCGGCCAGUGUAACCUAACCUAACC